GCCGCCGGCACUCAAAGCUUCGCCGGGUGACAAAUGGGGCGCACCCUGAAAGUAUAUUAAGGGAAAUGAUUUCGCAAUUUCUUUUCUUUAAUAUAGAAAUUAUGUGACAUUUAGGGAGCUUUGUAUUAGCUUUUUUUUAAGGAUCCGCCUAUAUAUAAGUAGUUACAUUUGUGUUUGUUUCAAGCCUUUUUUCUAGAACAUCUGAGGUAUUUUUAGCAAGGUUGCUAAGGUUAGCAGCUAAUAUUUACCCCAUGUUUGGAUGUUUUUUUGUUUUGGAUGGGUGGGGGGCGGGAUCUCUUGCUUCACUUUAAAGCUUGUUAACAGUAAAACCUAAACGUUUACGAGCGUUUUAGCCCGUGUUUUCCUGCUAACAGCUGGAGUUAGCUACAGCUAGCCGCCCCGCGCGAGGCAGAGAUAAAGAGAAGUCUGAAGUGACAAAAAAGAAAAAAAAAUCAGAUUAUAUGGAAAGCAGGUGAGGUCAUGCCUGGUGUUUUGUCAGUGUUGCCCAACGGUCCUGUUCUAACGGCAGCUAGCAGGUCCCGCUAGCAUCAGAUAGAAUCAUGCCUGGGAUGGUGGUGUUCGGGAGGCGCUGGGGGAUCGCCAGCGAUGAUCUGGUCUUCCCCGGUUCCUUCGAGCUGCUGCUCCGUGUAAUUUGGUGGAUUGGCACCAUGAUCCUGUUCACCUCUCAUAAGGGUCACUUUGAUUGUAACGGCAGAGCAGUUCUCCACACCUACCUGGUUGGACUGCUGGUUGUGCUGGGCUUCAUCAUCCUGUCACUGUGGGCCAUUGUUUAUGUCAGUGCCCAAGGAACUAUUACAAAUCCCGGAGCGCGGCGCUCCAUGCCCGCCCUGGUGUACCUGCGAGCUGUGCUUUACAUCCCUGAGUUCGUUUGGGCCUGUCUGGGAGCCGUCUGGGUGUCUGAUGACAGCCGCGGUUGUGAUCUAGCUACUGUGGGUGCAGUCAUCGCCGCUGUGGUCACCAGCUGGAUCAUCCUGCUGUUCACAGGGCUGGGUGUAGUUUUCGUCUUCGACCCGAUUGGCAGCCCCCGUCCUCAGCCGGGGCCCGUGGAGCCGCUGGGAGUGCGGGACAUGGAGAGCAGCGAAAGCAGCCAAUUCCUGUCCACGGCGCGCUCUCUGGCCACCAGGGUGUGGGAGUGCAGGCUGCGGCUGCUGUGCUGCUGUCUGCCGCAGGACGAGAGCCACCGAGCGGCUUUCUCCAGCAUCUCGCAGCUCUUCAGCGACUUCUUCUCUGACACAGACCUGGUUCCCAGCGACAUUGCAGCCGGGUUGGCUCUGCUGCACCAGGAGCAGGAUAAGAUGGAGCGCAGCACAGACCCAGAGGAGAUCCUCAGCCACAGCCCUUCCUCUCCGAUUGACGAAGAUCUGCAGACAGAGUUGGAGAAAGCGGCCCACUGCAUGCAGUUUGCAGCUGCCGCUUACGGCUGGCCGCUGUACGUCUUCUCCUACCCCUUUACGGCACCCUGCAAACUCAGCGGAGACUGCUGCAGAACCCGGGCUGCUGAGUAUGACAUCGUCGGAGGGGACCACCUUGGCUGCCAUUUUUCCUCCAUCCUGGAAACCACAGGUCUGCAGUACAGAGAUUUUAUACAUGUCAGCUUCCACAACCAGAUAUACGAGAUCCCGUUUUUUGUGGCUUUGGAUCAUAAGAGGGAAGCCGUUGUGGUGGCUGUCAGGGGAACGCUUUCACUGAAGGAUGUUCUGACCGACCUGUCUGCUGAAUGUGAGAACCUGCCUGUGGACGGAGUGUCUGGAGCUUGCUAUGCUCACAAGGGCAUGUGCCAGGCUGCGGGCUACAUCUACAAGAAGCUCAUCAACGAUGGCAUCCUGAGCCAGGCGUUCUCCAUCGCCCCGGAGUAUAAACUGGUCGUCACUGGUCACAGUCUGGGAGCCGGAACAGCCGCCCUGUUGGCCAUCCUGCUGCGCCCUUCCUUCCCCAGCCUGCAGUGCUACUCGUUCUCUCCACCAGGGGGCCUCCUGAGUAAAGCUUUGGCAGAUUACUCCAAGGACUUUGUGGUGUCUGUAAUUUUGGGGAAGGACCUGGUUCCCAGGCUGAGCAUCCCCAACAUGGAGGACCUGAAGAGACGCAUACUGAAAAUAGUCACCAACUGCAAUAAGCCCAAAUACCGCAUCCUGCUGCAGGGCUGUUGGUACGAGCUGUUUGGAGGAGACCCAGACGACUUCCCUACAGAGAUGGACAGCAGGAGGGAGGAGCAGCUCAAUCAGCCGCUGCUGGGGGAGGAGUCUCUGAUCGUCCGCCACUCCUCAUCCUAUCACAGCCUGGCGUCGGAUGACUCCCCGGUUCACACGGCGACGCACUUGCCGCUGUUCCCACCAGGUCGCAUACUGCACAUCACAGAGGACGGGCCAUCAAGGAGAUCCUGCUUUUCUGAAGUGCGUUACCGUGCCGACUGGUCCAGCGAAUCGAAGUUCCAGAGCAUCCUGAUCAGCCCCAGGAUGCUGGUGGAUCACAUGCCGGACGCCGUGCUCCGGGCCCUGAACAGUCUGUGCAGCGAAGACCCCUCCCCCCUCUGCCCGUCGUCGCUGAACAACAAUCCGCACGUUUCUAUGUGAGCAGCGCCGAACUAGGCCUUCCUCUUCAAAUCGCCCGUUUACAUCCGAUCCAGGAAAAGUCCCACGACUUCACAGCCUUUGGUCUUUUAUUAAGCUUCUCAAUCACUGGAUUGUGAAGCUUUGACUGAUUUAUAUGAAUAAAAAAAGAGGAGCACAGAAUCAUUUAUUCUAUUGCACUUUUAAUUAUUUAAUAAAAGAAUUUAGCUUUAAGUUCCUCCAUGAGCGACUUUAUGCUGUAAUAUUUGAAUGUUGUUUAUCUAAUGUGACUUUGGUGCAGUUCGACUGUAACAUCAGUGUUUUUGUGUUUGAAUGAUGUGCGUUUGAUAAAGACUGGGCUGUUUAGAGCUUUCAGAUUGGAUGGGCAGUUAACAACUAUAAAAUGUCUUAUUGUUGUGUUUUAGCUGUGCUGUGGGUGUCUUGUGCUGUUGUUUUAAACAUCAGGAAGAACCGUGCCUAUGCAUCAUAACAAAUGAAAUGAACAUUUCUGUGGAAGAAUCCACUAAGAGCUGCAGCUGCUCUAAACCUAAACAUGGCUGGAAGAGGAAAAACAAAAAAAAUGUCUAAAGAUUGUGCAUUUUUGUUGGAAUUUUUACUGCUUGCUCUGGAUGUUGCCAUAUUUUUAUUUAUUUUUUUCUAAGAGAAGCUUUUGUCUCUGAAACUUUCAUGUCCUCAUAGGAAUGCAUUUCAAACCUGAAUGCAAAUAAAAGCCUUUGUGACC